UUCCCCUGUUCAAGUAAUCAUCUCUCUCUCUGACUAUCAGAUCCGCCGAUCGAAUCUUCGAAAUCCAUGGCGUCCUCUGGUAACACUAACCCUUCCAAACCUCCACGGUUCGAUCUCGGUACUCUCUUCAGACCCCCAUCGGGUCCUUACCCUCCACGUGCAAGUCCGUUGGUCACCAGCCAACAGCUCUACGCUCCGGCGGGUAUCGAGGACUCAACAGGAGUGUCUGCGAAGCUUCCUGAGUCGGUUUCAUCUAGUGAACUUCAUAAGUUGGAAGAGUCACUUAUGAACAUGUGUAAGAAAGUGAUUCCCGAGUUAUCCCAGCUUGCUCAUACUUUAAAGGAAACCAUUACCUCUGCAUCGUCACUUACUCAAGCCUUAAGCCGUGAAUUAGCUGAGAGCCGCCAAAGGAAUUGCUUAGCUCUCGCAGCUGCUGAGUAACGAAGUGGCGGAGAACCUUUGGGUGCUCCUCUUCUUGGAAAGACCGGAGUACCUAUCGUAACAGAAUUAUCCAGGUUGAUAUCUGAAGGCAGGUAUGAAGAGUCUUUCACUAUGGCUUUACAGGAAAGGGAAAGGGAUGUCUCCAUAGUAUCAUGGCUUUGCUCACAGGUGGAUCUGCAUAGACUAUUGGCGAUGAAUCCUCCUCCUCUGAGCCAAGGCCUACUUUCGUCAUUGUUGCAGCACCUAACUAAGGACAUGUCCCGAAAGCUUGCUUGGAUGGCGGAUGUGGCUGCAGCCAUUAAACCAGCAGACCAGAUGGUAGCCGUAACAGAA